AUGGCCUGGUUCACCCUCCACCUCCUGAGCCUUCUCUGGGCUGUGGCUGGGACCAGAACCCAGACCCGGAACUCUUGUUCCGUCCCCUCCGCACAGCAGCCCUUGGUGGAUGGCAUGCAAGUGCUCAUGGAGAACUCCGUGACCUCAUCCUCCUUCCCAAACCCCAGCAUCCUGAUUGCCAUGAACCUGGCCGGAGCCUACAACGUGGAGGCCCGGCAGCUCCUGACUGAUGAGCUCAUGGCCAGCGACACGGCAGACCUGACCGUUGGUCAACUCGCCCUGACCAUUAUGGCCCUCACCUCCUCCUGCCAAGACCCUGGGGAUAGAGUAUCGACUCUACAAAAACAAAUGGAGAACUGGGCGCCUUCAAGCUCCGACGCCGAGGCGUCAGCCUUCUACGGACCCGGUCUGGCGAUCUUGGCACUGUGCCAGAAGAACUCCGAGGAGACCUUACCAAUAGCAGUCCGCUUUUCCAAGACCCUGCUGGCCAAUUCCUCUCCCUUCAACGUGGACACAGGCGCAGUGGCAACUUUGGCUCUGACCUGCAUGUACGACAAGAUCCCCGUAGGUUCAGACGAAGCUUACAGAACCCUGUUUGGUCAGGUACUAAAGGAUAUUGUGGAGAAUAUCAGCAUAAGGAUCGAAAGCAAUGGCAUCAUCGGAAACAUCUACAGUACUGGCCUCGCUAUGCAGGCUCUCUCUGUAACACCUGAGCAACCUAACGAGGCAUGGAACUGCGAGAAGACUAUGGACAUAAUACUUGAUGAGAUUAAGCAGGGGAAAUUCCACAACCCCAUGUCCAUUGCCCAAAUCCUCCCUUCACUAAAAGGCAAGACGUACCUAGAUGUGCCGCAGGUGUCUUGUACCCCUGGUCAUGAGGUGCAACCAACUCUACCCAACGAUCUUAGCCCUGUUCCCACCUCAGCAACCAACAUCACUGUCAUAUACACCAUAAAUAACCAGCUGAGAGGCGUAGAGCUACUCUUCAAUGUGACCAUUGAUGUUAGUGUGAAAAGUGGAUCAGUGCUACUUGUUGUCCUUGAAGAAGCACAGUGCAAAAAUUCCAUGUUCAAAUUUGAAACUACAAUGACAUCUUGGGGCCCUGUCGUCUCUUCUAUCAACAAUAUUGCUGAGAAUAUUAAUCACAAGACUUACUGGCAGUUCCUUAGUGGGACAACACCUUUGAAUGAAGGGGUUGCCGACUACAUACCCUUCGACCAUGAACACAUCACAGCCAACUUCACACAGUACUAA